AUGCGUGCUACAGCCCUCGCCUCCGCCGCCAUCAUCGCGCUGGCUUCCCAUGCCAGUGCAGAGACAAUCAAGAUCGAUGUCGGUCCCAACGGCCAAUUCGCCUUUCAGCCAAACAACAUCAAGGCCAAAGUCGGCGACGUCCUCUCCUUCAACUUCCAUCCCCUCAACCACUCGGUCGUGAUGGGAGACUUUGCGAACCCUUGUGCCCCGGCCAAGACGGGAGGCUUCUUUUCCGGCUUCAUGCCCGUGGCAAGCGGAGUGGGCAGCCAGACGUUUGAAGUGACUGUCAACAACACCGACCCCAUCUUUUUCUAUUGCUCCCAGAACAAAUUUUCACACUGCAUCAGCGGGAUGAGCGGCGUCGUCAACGAGCCUUCCUCAGGAGACACGCUCGACGCUUACCAGGCUGCCGCCAAAUCCGUCAAGAGUGCUUCCAACCCGGCUACCGUCUUUGGAGGGCGCCUUGUUGCCAAUGCCGAGGCGACGUCCUCGGCCACGACAACGGCUGCUCCCGCAGCUACCACUACAUCCUGCACUACAGGCAACAAGGCUCCCAACGGAAACGGCUACAAGCGAGACACUUGCUCCGGGGCGGGCUCUGUUCAGGCGUCUAUUGGAAUCGUUGCGGCCUCUCUGGGCAUGGCGCUGCUGCUGUCCUAG